ACCAACGAAGAAGAAAAAGGAAUCUACCCAUUGCGCAUGCGUGUGGAGUUUACACGUGAAGCAGACAGCAUGGCGGAGACAGCAGAAGUUGCGAUAGACCGGACCCAGGUGAAAAAGGCCGUCCAGGCUUUGCAGGCUUUCCUGAAAACCAAGUCCACCGGGGACUCUCUGUUCCUGGACGACACUCAGCAGAUCAGCCUGCUCUUCACCCUCUGGAAGAUCCCCCCGAAAGCACAGACCAUCCGCAUUCCCGUUGCCCCAUGGCCAGCGCGGACACAGAGGAGGUUGCCUCUUCACUUCAGAGACGAGCUCCAACAUGACCUCAGAUUCAGACCGAUCAGGUUUUAUAAGCCAAGCUGCUUGCAGAGAAGGGAGGAAGAACAUCAACAGAGGUCAUACCCGUAUAAGGUCCUGAGGACGAGUACAAACCUCCCGAAGCGAAGCGCCGCCUGCUGAGUAUCUUCGACCAUGUUCCUCCAAUAUAUACACAGAACGACCAGCGUCCCGCGCCUGCCUGCCGUGUCUCACCCUCGGAAACACUUUUCCUACCAG